GUUUACAUACAUACUAAAGUUUUUUCACGUUAAUAAUAUUACACUAGAUAUGAUAUUUGACCAUAUCCAAAGAUCGAAUAAUUAGCAACACAAAAGAAUAUGAAUAUUGUAAUAACAAAAAUAAUUAUAUAUAUCCAUAACUUUGAACCUAGAUAUGAUCUACACCAUGGAGGCAUGGAUAAUCGAUGCUGACCAAAAAGAAGAAUAAUCUAGUGAUCGUAGAUUUGAUAGUACUGACUAUAAUAUUAAAAACCGGACGAUAGGUAUUUCUUUCUCCCGGCUAUGGAUCUAGCGAUGUUUAUAUCAUCCACUGAAAAUGAAAAGAAAUUGAGCUGUUUAUUUUGUAAUUUUCACGUGACAUUUGUGAACGAGAAUGUGAGUAGUGAGAGCAUUUCUUUUUUUUUUCCACGGGUAGUGAUCGAUUUAAUAAUUGAAAAAGGGAUUCCAUAUCAACUUUUCUCAACAUUUUGGUGGGAAAAGUUUGGUUACUUGCCUCUUUUGCUGACCAUGGAAUCCACUUAGCAUUGACUCUAUGCUUCUUUGAUUUAUAUACACAAAAACGAAAAGAAAAACGGUGUUUGAAGAAGCAUUCGUUCCCGCUCUUUUCGGUGCUACUUGAUUUUUCUUGUAUAAAGACAAGAUAUGUAAUUGCACAUCCCAAGAAAACCGAAGAAGAAAACAAAAUACUUUUAAAGAGUUGCGAGAGACUAUAAUGUGAGUGAGUGAGACCAAAGUCAGUAAACUACGAUAUUGGUCUAAGGUCUUCUCUUCCACCAAAUACUUACGGCAAAAGAAGGAAAAAAGAAAAAGAAAAAGGCAAAAACUACAGAAAUAAAUAUUAAAAAAGAUACACCCACUUCAAAAAAUGAAAUAUCGUUUAAUGUACAAGAAUUAUACAUGAAACAAAGUAUAAGAAUGAUUUGCAAAAAGACCUGAACUAUAGUUAUUUCCUACUGUUUAUAAAAUUAUAUUUUGACAUUGUAAGUUAACAUUGCCCUUCAUUUUUUUUUAGAUCUUUUUGUUAUAUAAAUAAUUUUCUUAAUAGUUUUGCGCGUUGUAAAUGAUAAAGUGGGGUUAGUUGAAAUAAUGUAGCAAGAUAUGAUAAAAUCAUGUGGCAUCAUUUUAUAUUUCUUUAAUUCCUUUUAGUUAUUUGAUAAAAUUAUUGAAAACUCGAAAGAGAGCUACCUGAAAAAGCUCCAUCUGCUUUAAACAGUACUCCACUAUAAGGUUUACUAAUAUAUAACUCCUUCCCUCCCUAAUCCCUCAAGCUAAAACCCAUUCUCUUUCUCUCACACACACGAACAGUUUAUAUUAGAGAAUCAAAAGAUCUUAUAAGCUCUAUUUAGUUGAAUUCUAUGGAUAACCAAAGCAAUGCUCUUCUUGGAUGGUCUUACUACUCCCACGCAAAGACAACAGAAGAAAUAAGACAGUCUCUACUGUACACAACACUAGAGCUCGACCAAACAAAGAUGUUUGCUUAUGAAGAGAUAAGGAAAAGAGAUGAGCAAUUGAUCCAUCUCAAAGACAUCAUAACCAAAACCAUCAAAGAAAGAGAUGAAGCUCUCGAGAAAUGUCAGCGUCUUAUGUUCGAUAACCACUCGCUACAGCAACAAAAGCAUAUGACUCCUCCUUUAUCUGGAGCUUCAAGCAUUGAAGACGAGCAAGUGCAGCCUCAACAACUAGGAUCCAACAAGAGCUUCUCAUCAUCUGAUUGCGAGGAGAGCAUUAUGUCACCCACUGAUCAUGUCAUGAAUCCACCACCAUCUCAGCUUGAAGAAGUGUCAGGAACUGAGAUUACUAUGGAUCCAUUGUUUCCAGACAAACCAUUGCCUGAAAAGGGUAAGCUUUUACAGGCUGUUAUUAAGGCAGGGCCUUUACUUCAAACACUGCUCUUAGCCGGUCCAUUACCUCAAUGGCGCCAUCCGCCACCGCCUCUCAAGAGCUUCGAGAUCCCUCCAGUCACAGUCCAAUGCCCCAUUGUCAACAAUGGGUGUGGGAAAUUCAACAGGAAAAGAGUCUUCUCAGAUGGAUCCUAUUCAGAAGCUAAGUAUCAGAAAGUUCUUCUCCAUUGACCGGGAAAUCGAAACAAUUCUGGCAACUGAUCUUUCUUCUUACUCAAGUAGUACUAAUAGUCAUCAAAUAUACCAUUACAUAGGUCAAUUUCAUGAUUAAUCUCACUUUGGGUUCAAGUGAGACUGAUCUUUUUGUACAUUAGGUUUUGCUCCAUUGUGGGAGACAGAGUCUGAUCCAUUUAGGGUUUAGAUUUAGAGUUAUGAGAAAGUAAGAAAGAAAAAAAAACUCCCCUGGUUUAACUCUUAAAUCAAUGGAGAGUUAAUACUAAGUGAGAGAGUUUGCUAGUUUACUUCUUUCUCUACUAGUAUGUUUGGUUUCUUUCUUUUUUUGUGUUGUUGUUGUUGUUGUUGGGUUUUGUAUCUCAAACCCAAAAACCCAAUUUGACAUUUAUGUUUUGGCUCCAUGAUUGUGAAACUAAAAUUAGGGGUUUCUAUGAUUUUUCCCUCUACCAUUA